AUGAAGGACAUUGCGAAGCUUACUGUAAUUCUUGGAAUGUUCUGUAUUUGCCAAUCCUAUAUUCGUCAACCUAAUGUUGGUUCUGUACUUUUUUCACCAAACGAUUUGCAUAAACAUCGAUGGACGCAAAGCGAACUUGCAUCAUUACGUGCUCGAAGACAUUUUCAAAACUUAAUACCGUCCCCUAAGCUUACCCAUUCUAUAUCCGAUGAAUAUUUGUCACAUCUCGUUAACUACGUAGAAAACUGUUAUACCACAGUGAUUGAUGAAGCUGUUAAUCCAACAGAAAAAGAUCUUAUGACCAAUGCUCUAUCUGACGUCGUUGGUGGAUACCUAAAGGUAUGGGUCUUACCUAUUACAAAAUACGCCUACUACGGGGGAACAAUUAGUCCUAUUAACGCUAUAAAACUCUUUCAAAUGUACGAUAACAUCAAACAAAGCUUAAAAACAGAUGGAAGAACAUGGAGUAACCCAAAUGCGGACUCCCUUCAAACCGUUACUAUCAAUAUUGCGUCCAAUCCACAUGAAUGGUUCGCAAGGAGUACUCGUGAAUCUUGUGAUAAUCUCUCAUAUUAUGAAAAAACAGAUAAAGGCCUAACCAUACCACUACCUUACAUCAACUGGGACCUAUUUCCACAAACAAUGUUUAUACCUUUGAAGGACCAGUCGUUGAUACAAUUAAAUUCUCCAAAUUCUUCGAAUGCACUCUUGGAUUACUAUAAUGUAGCUACCAGUUGUAUACAUUCUCUAAAUAUAGGUACUAUUGAUGACUUUGGAUCGAGAUUCCAAAUAUGGUUAUCAACCGACGUGGUGCCGCAUUUAAAAGAUGAUGAUUUAUAUGUUGCAUUUGGCAGCUGUCUAUCGCUUCUCAACAAAACAAAAGGCUUGUAUGGUAACGUGGUAAAUCUUUGUGAUAACGCCUACUCGAACUUACGCUGUAAAGCUGCAUCAGCUGGUUUUCCAAUUCCUCUUACAAAAAAGAGUAUGCUCAUAGCUUUUAUAUUAUUGAUAGAAGUCAUUUGGUGUAUACCAGUAUUGUACUACUUAUUGUGUGGAAAAAAACCGAAAAAGAAACGAGGGGUCAAACAAUUUUUUUCAUAUUUUAAAAAGGAUCCAACUACUUUACACGGUGUUAAACUAUUUGUAAAACCGAGAACUAGAAAUUUGGAGCUUGAUGUGGAGUUUCCCACUUAUGAUCACAAAUACUAUAUGAAAUCUACUUCUACAAAUAUGUCACGAAAUAAUGUUUUUAAUAAUUUUACACAUAUUAAUGAAUCAUUAAAAAAAUGUCUCGCGAAUUCAAGUGAAUCCAAACAUGCAAUAAAUAACAAUGUGUGCCCGAACAUAAGUGCCAAGACCUCGAAUUCACGUAGAUGUAAUUGCAAACCUACAUGCGAUAAUAUAACAUCAUGUUACAUUACUAACAGCAAAGCAAUGAAUAGCAGUUCAAAUUUUAAUUCUACACCUUCAUCUUUUAUUCUUUUAGAAGAAAAUGAAAUCAAAAACUUAUCGUAUACUCAUGCUACAUUAUCUGUGUCUAAAAGUACACUUAAAAGCAGGCCUGACAUGAAACUUUGCUCUAGUCUAAACUCUGGCAAGGGUUCUAAGAGAUGUCCAUGCACCAGUUGCAUUAAAAAUAGUACAGAGAGAAACGUACAGCUUUGCCAGUCUUUCGAAAAUAUCGAAAAAACUAGCAUUAAAGUUAAAAACCCUAUAGUAAUGAAAAUAAUAAAUGAAGAUAAAAAAAAGUGUAUUCCGUCCUUUGAAAAACAUCUAACACAAAAAUUAGACCGUGUUCAAACUGAUUCAACAAAAGGGAAAGAAUUAAAAAAAGAUGGAAGUACAAAUCAAAAUAAAACUAAAAUUUUGAAAUGUUCAUUAAAGAAGAAAGGAGACGAAAAUAAUGACAAAACGUUACCUGUUACAAAAAACAAUAUUCUCCAACCUGAAAAAUUCACAGGUAAGGCAACAGAGAUUUCUACAGAAAACCAUGGUAAUAUACAAUCGGGUAAGAGCAAUAAAUUGUUGCCUGUCAAAGAUAAUAAACAAAAUAGUAAGGCUUUAAAAACCUGUUUACAAAAUAUCAAAACUGACAAAAUUCAAACACCGACAUCAUCAAUAAAAACAAAGAUUACCACAAAAGUGUCAACAAGAGACAAAUCCGCCAUAGCAGAAGUUCCAAAAGAACAUAAAAAUAUACAAAAUUUCAUAGCAGACAACGGUAAACCUGUUUUUAAAGUAACCAAAAGUAUAAAAACAGAAAUUUCUAAUAUAGCCAAAGCCGAUAAAUCUUCUAUAAAUAAUGCCACGCGGAAAGAAAUAUCUAAACAUCAUUCCGCUAUACCUAAACCUAGUAAUUUACCUCAUAAAACUAUUAUUUCUCCAGAGUCAGGUAAAAAAACAUUAAUACCCAAGCCAUGUAAAAUACCAAAAAGAAUACUUACAACGCCAUUAAAGGAUCUUAAAGAACCAAUUGCAACUUCACCCAAAACGCUCGGCAAAGUACGCAAAAAAGCACUAGACGACAGCGCCAUUAAGAAAACUAAUAAAAACAAUAAAUUAAACACUACCUUAUAA